AUGUUCACCAAGACAGUUAUUAUCUUAUUAGCAUCCUUAUCGCAUGGAAGGGAAAUUAUUAAGAGGCGUCACGAAGAAUCUACGACUGUCAUGGACAAAUUCUCAUGGUCUUCCUUCCUCAACAAAACAGGUCUUGAUCCGCUUCAAUAUCUCAAACCCCCAUCUAGCGACACACCCGAGACACUCGCCUGCACCACGGAACCCGGUCCCGAUCGACUCGCCUGCCCGGUCGCAAUAGCCGCGUGGUCAAACUUCACCGAUGCAGAACAGCAUGUCAACAUCCCAGCUGGUCAAUGCCUAUCUGUAACAGAAGGAACGUGUCGAACCGUUGCGUGUGCGCCGAGAGGAAAUGUUAGCGUUGAAAGUGAUGAAAUAACAGGACACAUGUGGAAUCCCGUAUCGAUGAAGUGUGUGUUUGGUGGUGUUGGAGGAAUAUGGCAGAAUGAUGGGUCAACUUUGGUCAUUGAGAUGGGAUACGCAAGUCAAGAAUAA